CCAGCCCCAUCUGUGCCCGCAAGGCGAUGGACAGCUGCUAUUUAAGCCGGAGAAGUUUCAAAAACGAAAACGCUUUGCAGAAUUGCAGAGUUGGAAAGGACCACGAAGAUAAUCAACUCCCAACUUCCUGCAAUGUAUAGGAUGUUUUUAAUAUAUAUAUUUUUUGCCCAACGUGGGGCUUCAACCCAUGACCCUGAGAUUAAGAGUACAGUGGUACGUCGGGUUACAUACGCUUCAGGUUACAGACUCCGCUAACCCAGAAAUAGUACCUCGGGUUAAGAACUUUGCAUCAGGAUGAGAACAGAAAUUGUGCUCCGGCGGCGUGGCAGCAGUGGGAGACCCCAUUAGUUAAAGUGGUGCUUCAGGUUAAGAACAGUUUCAGGUUAAAAACAGACCUCCAGAACGAUUUAAGUACUUAACCUGAAGUACCACUGUAUUCAUGUUGUACUGUCCAACUGAGCUGCUUUAUCUAGCAUCUCUCAUGCACAAAACUCCACUUCUGGCAAAAGUCCCUAGGCAGGACUGAUUGGCUGGACUGUCUAGUAGGGAGGCGGUACUGUUUCAGGGCAAGAGAAGCUUUGGUGCUGCAGAUGCUGCCAGGCUACAACUCCCAUGAGUCAAGGGUUAGGGAUGAUUAGAGUUUCUCUUGAGCAACAUCUGGAGGACCAAAGGUUCCCCACACCUGUGAGCAUAAUCACUAGUGACUAAUUUCUAAGAGUGGUGUGUAGACUCUGGACCAUCUGGUACGCAGGCUGAUACCCUAGCUGCCUGCAGUCUGUCUCGCCAGAGUGGUGCAUGCUCUGGUUACCUCCUGCUUGGACUACCUGCUUGGACUACUGCAAUUCACUUUGUGUGGGGCUACCUUUGAAGGUGACUCGGAAACUGCAAUUAAUCCAGAAUGCGACAGCUAGACUGGUGACUGGGAGUGGCUGCCGAGACCACAUAACACCGGUCCUGAAAGACCAACAUUGGCUCCCAGUACAUUUCCGAGCACAAUUCAAAGUGUUGGUGCUGACCUUGAAAGCCCUAAACGGCCUCGGUCCAGUAUACCUGAAGGAGCGUCUCCACCCCCAUCGUUCUACCCGGACACUGAGGUCCAGCUCCGAGGGCCUUCUGGCAGUUCCCUCGCUGCAAGAAGCAAAGCUACAGGGAACCAGGCAGAGGGCCUUCUCAGUAGUGGCACCCUCCCUGUGGAACGCCCUCCCAUCAGAUGUCAAGGAAAUAAACAACUAUCCUACUUUUAAAAGACAUCUGAAGGCAGCCCUGUUUAGGGAAGUUUUUAAUGUUUGAAGUUUUAUUCUGUUUUUCGUGUUCUGUUGACCCAGAGUGGCUGGGGAAACCCAGCCAGAUGAGUGGGGUAUAAAUAAUAAAUUAUUAAAUAAUAAUAAUAAUAAUAAUAAUAAUUCUCCUCUCUCCUCUUUAGGUAAUAAUGUGCAUUACAUCACUUCAAAAUGUGUUCAACCCUCCGUACUGUGUUUGGGACCCCUUCCUUAUUCUGCUGAGUGGGACUGUGGACCUCUGCCCCCAAGGUCCUGUCCAUAUGGCACCACUGAUACCUUCCUUGUCCUGAAAUGAAGGAUUUUUGGAGUGGUGGGGGUUGCAAUUGCUUCUCAACAAGCACCUGCACCUUUCUGCUGGAUCCCUGUGGUUCCCUGAAAGAAAGGCACUUUGGAUACACACAUUAUUACAGAACAAGUGGGGCCUGCUCUAACAAACUGUUGCAAUGGAAGUAGUAGUUGUUGUUGUUGUUGUUAUUGUUGUUGUUGUUGUUAUCAUUUGCAUAGAAUCAGAAUUGUAGAAGUGUAGAGUUGGAAGAGACCAUGAGGGUCAUCUAAGCCAACCCCUUGGAAUAUAGAAAUCUUUUACCCAACAUGGGGCUCAAAACCCUGACCCUCAGAUUAAGAGUCUCAUCCUGUACCCACUGAGCUUUCCCUCUGCAUGGACAGAUUGUGCUGCACUAUAUCAAGCAACAGAACCACAAUCCGAGCCUUUGGAUCAGCACAUAUAAGCAACUGUGUUUGCACUGUGUUACUGCUAAAGCCCAAUUUUGGUAGACGGAACACAGCAUUCCCGUAUUCAGAGUUCUCAGGUUUGAAUAAGAAGCCAUCAGUAUGGCUUUGAAUCUUACACAGCCUAACUUCGGUUGGUGAAAAUCGUGUGUGUGAAAUUGUGGAUCAAGUUUGUUCCUCAACUUGAAUUUUGAACCUGGGGGAAAAAUUACACUCAUUUAAUUAACAGUUGUUUUAUUGUUGAAGUCAAGGGAAUUUGGGAGUAAGAAUGAUAUUGUUUGGGGAGUUCCAUUUCACUUGCCAAAUGAAAACGAGAGAUUUACAUAAAAUAUGGUAACAUGAUGUAACUUCAGUAUAUAUAAGUGUAAGCUAUAUUGGACACAACAGUUUGAGUUUUGCAGAGCUCUGUGAAGUUUUAUAUGGGUCCAUUUACAUCCAUUUGAUUUUGGGGUUCGCAUUUAUUUUUGUACAUUAGUUCAGGUUUUCCUUUUAAUACCCAUUUCUUUUUGUGUGUGUUGUAUAUUCUUCCGAAAAGGAUGCCACAUCUUAAUUUCUGUUCUCGGAGGUCCCCGGUGGUUUGCAGUAGUGCUUGCGUUGCGUCAAGCCAGCCUCUCGCAACAAAUAUAGGCCUCGAUAUCUUAAAGAAUGGUGGCAAUGCUGCAGAUGCUGCUGUAGCAGUAGCAGCUGCUUUAAAUGUGACUGAACCAUGCAGUACCGGCAUAGGUGGAGACUGCUUCUGCCUCUAUUAUGACGCAAGCACAAAACAGGUACAUGGUCUCAAUGGAAGCGGUCGGUCUCCGCAGGCCCUGACCCUUGAGCUGCUAAAAGAUCACGGCUUCAGCGAGGCAAAUCGUCCCCCUCCACUACAUGCACACAAUGUCACCGUACCUGGUGCGGCAGCUGGCUGGUGCGAUGCUGUUGCUCUGCAUGGAAGCAAAAAGCUUUCCAUGCGGCAAAUUCUGCAACCAGCUAUAGACCUGGCUGAGAAGGGCUUUCCAGUCUCAGAGAUUGCUUCCUACUGCUGGAAGAAAAAUGCUCAUGCUCUUCAGGCGCCUGGCAACCCACACGGGAAGGACCUGCUGAUAGAUGGCCAAGCACCUGAUCACGGACAAGUCUUCUGCAAUCCCCUUUUGGCAGACACUUUUAAGGAGUUAGCAGAAUUUGGCAAACGAGGCUUCUACGAAGGCCGUGUGGCCAAAGCUGUUGUGGAUGUUAUUCAGAGCAAUGGUGGAGUGAUGGAUUUGGAGGACCUGAAAAGCCACGCCACUGAAAAAGUCAAACCUAUUGUCACAAAUUACAAGGGUCUGAAUGUAUGGGAGAUCCCUCCGAAUGGGCAAGGAAUAACAGCGCUAUUAGCCCUGAACAUUUUAGAAAAUUUCAACUUGAAAGAAAUGGGCCAUAAUACUGCUCACUAUUUGCACAUCCUCAUCGAAGCUGUCAAAGUUAGCUUUGCCGAUACUUUAUGGUUCUGUGCAGAUCCAGAAAAGGUAGCUGUACCCACAACAAAGCUCCUUUCCAAACCUUAUGCCAGAGACCGUUCGAAGCUGAUAGAUUUACAGAGGGCAACUGCCAAAUAUAAUCAAGGAAAUCCUUUCCCGGUUGGAAGUGACACUGUUUACUUCACAGUGGUGGAUACCCAAGGCAAUGCCUGCUCUUUCAUUAACAGCAACUAUAUGGGAUUUGGCACAGGGCUGGUACCAGAUGGCUGUGGAUUUACAUUACAAAACAGAGGAGCCAAUUUUUCACUACAGCCUGGUCACCCAAACUGCUUGGCACCUAGGAAGAGGCCAUAUCACACAAUUAUACCCGCUCUGGCUACUGAUGCUGAUUCAGGGGAGCUUCUGUGCUCCUUUGGAGUAAUGGGUGGAUUCAUGCAGCCACAAGGGCAUGUUCAGGUACUGCUCAACAUGUUGGAAUUUGGAAUGAAUCCACAACAGGCUUUGGAUGUGCCUCGUUUUUGUGUCGAAUAUGACAAAAAGGUGGAUGCAUGGCUCGUGUCCUUGGAAGAUGGCAUCCCUCAGCACAUCACGGAAGCACUGAUAGCCAAGGGUCAUAGGGUCAUGGCCCCCGUAACUGGGCACAACAGGAGCAUGUUUGGACGGGGCCAAAUUAUCACCAAAGGAGACUGGUGGAGGCACUGGAGAAUCCUGCCUUCUUCUAGCAAUGUAUUCUGGGCAGGGUCUGAUCCCCGAGCUGAUGGCUGUGCAUUAGGAUAUUAGCACGGAAGAAAGAAUUGGCUGUGUUUUAAGUGGGUUAAAAAAAAUCAAUGUCCAAAUCGAAACUCAAAUCUGAAAGGGUAUAAACAAUGACAAUAUGGGUUAGGGGGAAACGGAUCAAAAUCUGCUUGAGCCAUAGCUUGGUAAAAGAGCAAAUUCUUUGCAUGUAGAGAGCCAGUGUGGUGUAGUGGUUAGGAGUGGUAGACUUGUAAUCUGGUGAACCUGGUUCGCGUCUCCGCUCCUCCACAUGCAGCUGCUGGGUGACCUUGGGCUAGUCACACUUCUCUGAAGUCUCUCAGCCCCACUCACCCCACAGAGUGUUUGUUGUGGGGGGGGGGAAGGGAAAGGAGAAUGUUAGCUGCUUUGAGACUCCUUCAGGUAGUGAUAAAGCAGGAUAUCAAAUCCAAACUCCUCUUCCUCCUCCUCCUCCUCCUCCUCCUCUUCUUCUUCUCUCAGGGAUAGUCAGAGGCAUCUAUACCUGUGACUGUGGAAGAGGGUUCAGCUGCCAAUCAAGUUGGAUGAAGGGUGGGGGAUGUAGCCAAGGUCUGCAUUCCCUUAUAGGCAGCCUUCCAGGGGAGCUGAUUGGCCAGAGGUGAAGGUGCUAUGGAUGGGACAACUACAGGUGUCUAUAUCCCGGCUCUCAGUCACACAGCUCUGCAACCAAGGCUGCUCCUACCAUUAGGCAAACAGAGGCAGUCCGAUGGCUGGCAUGGGUGGCGGUGAAUUGCUGACACACACCCCCAGCCCUCCCAUCACCCGGCUGUUCUGCUGCCUGCCCACCUUCUCCCUAGCUCCAGGAAGGGCCAAAAGAUUGACCUUCCUGCAGAACAAAGCACUUUGGGCAGGCAGGCUAUGAAAGUGCCUGUUCUGGCACGGUUUGCUCUGGCAGCUAAAAAGGAUGCCUAAAAUUAGGGCAGAAAGUUUAAUGUUGUUGGUUUUGUUUACAAUAGUCCCGAGUUUUUGCCAUCGUGGCAAAUGUGUAAACUUUUUAAUAAAGACAGGAGGAAGGGCAACCGACACCAGCAUUAUUAAUACUGACUGGCAAUUUCUUCCGCCGACCUCUUAAACUUUUAAAAACCAUGUUUACAGCUUGUAUGUAUUUCAUAGAAUCAGAGUUGGAAGGG